CAUCUGAAGCUAGCUAGGUUUCUGUGACUAGAAAAGGUACAUUGUAGUGCGACAUUGUCGAGGGCUGUUCAGCCAAUUGAUCUUCCGUUUAUAAGAAGGCGUUUCUUUAGUUAAUGCGUAGCUACAAGAGCUGAAAUUUGUGUUUGACACACGAGGGGAUUAAUUGAAGUGGCCUCACGAAUGCUCAGUUAACAUCUUAUUCUUGUGCAAUUUGAAUGUCCUGAGAAGAUAUUUAUAACCUUAAUUUAAAUACAUUUAGAUGAUGGCUAACAUGGCAGAGUCCACUAUGAGCACUAGUGCGAGUGUGUCCCACAGCGUGUUGAGCUGGGACCAGGUGAGCCGUCUUAAUGAGGUCCUGACAGAGGUGGUGCCCGUCCAUGGCAGAGGGAACUUCCCCACUCUGGAGGUGAGGCUGAAGGACAUUGUGCAGAUGGUGCGCACCCGGCUGCAGCUAAGGGGGAUUAAAGUGAAAGACGUCCGUCUGAACGGCUCUACAGCCAGCCACGUGCUGGUGCAGGACAUUGGCUGGAGCUACAAGGACCUGGAUGUCAUUUUCAGGGUGGACCUGCCCCAGGAGUCAGGAUUCCAGCUGGUCAAAGACGUGGUGCUAGGCACGCUGCUGGACUUCCUCCCUGAGGGGGUGAACAAGGAGAAGAUCACCCCCAUGACUCUGAAGGAGGCCUACGUUCAGAAGCUAGUCAAGGUGUACACUGAGCAGGACCGCUGGAGCCUCAUCUCCCUCUCCAACAACAACGGACGCAAUGUGGAGCUCAAAUUUGUGGACUCUAUCCGCCGGCAGUUUGAGUUCAGUGUGGACUCAUUCCAGAUCGUGCUGGACUCACUGCUGACCUACUACGACUGUUCGCCAGGGAACCCCAUGUCUCGCCACUUCCACCCCACCGUGGUGGGCGAGAGCGUGUAUGGGGACUUUGGCGCGUCUCUGGACCACCUCAUGAACAAGCUGAUUGCCACCAAACGGCCAGAGGAGAUCCGUGGUGGGGGCCUGCUCAAGUACUGCAACCUGCUGGUAAGAGACUUCCGGCCCACCUCGGAGGAGGAGUUCAAGGGCCUGGAGCGCUACAUGUGCUCCCGCUUCUUCAUCGACUUCCCCGACAUUGGCGAGCAGCAGCGCAAGCUGGAGGCCUACCUGCAGAGUCACUUUGUGGGCGAGGAGAAGAGCAAGUAUGACUACCUCAUGAUCCUGCGGCGUGUGGUCAACGAGAGCACGGUGUGUCUCAUGGGCCACGAGAGGCGGCAGACCCUCAACCUCAUCUCACUGACGGCCUUCAGGGUGCUGGCUGAGCAGAACGCCAUUCCCGACGCCUCUAGCGUCACCUGCUACUACCAGCCGGCGCCCUACGUCCGAGACCACAACUUUAGCAACUACUACGUGGCCUCGUGUAACCAGAACAUUCCAACAUGGCUGCCAUGUAACUGAAAGACACGCACACAAGAGAAGACUGCUGCUUUGAGGGGGAAAAAAAUUAAAAAAAAUAGAUAAAUAUGCUCCCCAUAAACAUAAAUUGGGCCAUAACUGGGAUUUCCCUCUGGUCAUAAAGGAUCUAUUUAAAUGGGCAAGUGGUUUUGUUUGUUUUUUUGGACUCCCUUCUCCUUUCUCAUUCCUUAUCUACAGAAGUGUCAAGAUAAAUUGAUCCAAAGUGAUUUUUAAGUGUUAUUUGGAUUCAUGUUAUUUUGCCUUUUUUCAUAUUGCAAUGUUUUUGUUCCCCCUUUUCCCCCUAAUUUGAGUUUCAAAUUAACGUCCUGAUUCAAUAAUGAAUUGUCCUUGGUGCCUUACUUUCUUCCCCUGACGUUAAGUAUAUUUGGUCCAUCUUAAUAGAAAGGAGGGGGGGGGGAUUGUGUAUUUAAGAAAUGUGAAAAAAGACUGGUGGUGCAGAAUGUUAAUUGUGUAGUGACCAAAAACGAGCAUAACAAAUGUGAAAUGAUUCCUGAGCUGACAUGGAUGUUUAGCUUCCUGAUGUGCAGUAGGGGUUUGCUCAUCAGUGUUUGGGGAUUUUUCUAUUAGUGAGAUGACUUCAUCUUCAUUUCCUUUCGAAGGCAUCCAAGGUAAAAGGGAGGCCAAGGAACUGCUCAUUUUGUUUUAAAUCAAAGGUGUAAAUUGGGAAAGUCAUAUUACCAGCACAGCAGUGUUCUCUAGCGGCCAGAGUGCCUGUGCCGUGUAGACUUUGUAGAGAAGAAUGUGUAAAUUGUAUUUUCCACUGUGAAUGUUGGUGACAGCCUCCUAAAUCUGUUCAGGCCUUUUUUAGAACUUUAUUCAGGCAAGACUGAAUUUGAGUGUAUACUAUGUAGGGUGUAAAGUGGCUUCCUCUCCUUGUGUCCACUCCUCCAUGCAACAGGUCAAAUAGAAUUGUAGCAAACCUAUCCAAACCUUUUGCCUGUUUGUGUAAAUGCUUGAAAGGAGACUAGGAGAGGACCCCAUGAAUGAGUAUUGACAAGCACCCCCAUACAGUGACUGUUGGGCCUUUAUUUGCCCACUGAUCUGGGCUAAUGCAUGUUGUGGGGAGUUACUAUUUUCUUUUAAACUUCUUCCAAAUUGUCAGUGUUCAUGGGCCACCUGGUGGGGUAUAUACUGUAGGCUCAUUCAGAGGGCAGGACAGGGCCUUCCUCUCUUCCUGGAAUCUAAUCUGAGAGGCAGGGAACUACUGUCCCGUUCCUUAAAAGGAGCCCCACUUGGCUGGGUCUGGAGCCCCUUUCAGGCUUCAAUGGCUGAAAUGGGAUCCCAGUCUGGUGCAGGCUACCCAAUAGCUUUAACAGCAGUUUAUAAUUAUUGUGGGAGGGUAAGGAAGAUGGUUGUGUGUGUGUCACUGGCUCUUUACAUGUGCGAGGGCUUACUCACUUUCCGCUCCACUCUCCACCACCCUCUAAGGGUUUGCUAGGGGCAGGCGUGAACCGUUUUCUGGUCAUGGGAGGACAGGGGAACAUGGCUGCUUGCCUAGCACAUUCAACGAAAUGUAAUGGCUGGAAUUCUGUUUUCAAUUUAGCCCUCACGCGUUUUGAUUUAUAUGGCAGAAAUUGUACGCAGAUCUACGACUGGCAUCCCAGUCCCCCUUCAUACAUUAAACCCCAUUUAGUAAUUGCCCCCUACCAUCUCCCUUUCGACUGACCUCUAUUAUAAUUUCCAGUCCAGUAGCCAACUGUUUUCCUUUAAGUGUUUGUACAUCCAGAAAAGGGGUAAGAUGUGGUUCUGCCCUGUUCACAGGCGUGGGGGUGGUUUUUGGGGGGUGGUCAGCCAGCAUGGUCUUCUCUGGAGCUGAUCACACCCCUGGCUCAGGGCAUGUUGAGCUGGCUCAGCAGCCCAAAACGUAGACACUGCUUUUAACCUGGGUUAGCCUUAGCUUAGAUUUAGUCACCAUGUAGGCACGUUCAGUGUUGGGGCACAUUCAGUGUGGGCCAAAGUCUGAACCACCAACUGAAGUGCCUUCAUAUUUUGGCAGGAUUUGUUUUUGGGAGGUUGGGAGAGGGGUAGAAGAGGGGAAUUGGCUCAGUUUGCAAUGUUUUUUAUUUUGUGUUUUUUUGAGGGGGUGGGGGAGCAAAAAGGUUUGUCAUUUGCAUUGGGUAGAUUGUCAUUUAUGGGUUUAGACACUGGCAUUGAAUUACGGAUAUAGCCUUUUUAUUUUUGAAGUUUAUUAUUCUUCCUAAACCCAACCCCAAAACAGGCGUAACUUAGCUGUCUAGUCAUUCCAGUAUUUCUUUGUCAUGCUGUAUGCAUUUUCCCCCCUUCAUUUAGACCCCUUACCCCCUUCAAUUUAUCCAAACCAAAGCAACACUGACAGGUAAUGCAUGAUAACUGUCUGAGGUCAAAUUACUUGUAUACCCCACUCUAUGGAAGCACUUUAGAGGCCUUGACUUACUCAACCCAGCUAGCGGAGAGUGUACAUGAACAUACGCUCUGAAGGAAUCUGAAUGUGGGAGGUGAGCUGGUUCUCAGGGAGGUAAAAUGUGUUGAAGGGCUGUUUCUAUACUUUUUGGGGGAGUGGGGUAUGAACUUUCUGAACCUGUUUUUGUAUUGUGCCCCCAUCUUGGCCACCAGAUUCCUAUAUUUGGUGUGACUCCCUCUAGUGUGUAUAUUAGAAGAUCUGUGUGUCUUUCUCUCUGUGCCGAGACCAUUUUAAAAGCUUGUGGCAUUUGGAUCAGGUGGUCUUCAACCUUGGUUCUGAUUUUUUUUUUUUUUUUUCACGGAAUUGAUUAACUUCAUCAUUCAGGUGGAAAGUCCCCUUGUCUCGCUUUAUUCAGGUGAGAUGCCAUCUCUAAUGGAGAGACGCUCAGUCAUUCCCAGAUAUGUUUACCACCAUGCAAAGUGAUGAAUCAAUUAAGCUUUGAGCCAGAACCAGCAGACCAUUAGUGCUACACAACCAGGGCUGAAGACCUACUGAUAUUGAAUGGGUGUAAAUCCUGUAUUUUUCACUACCUGUCCCUUACCCUGCCUGAAUGUGUUAUGGUUUGUGUCCUUUUCCAAAGAGCAAGUCUUAUCUUUUUUGGAAUGUGACUGAGGCCUUUGACUCUCUACUAUUUUUGCAUUGAGUUUUGGAAUUUGCAGCAGAUACGUUGUUUGUAUACGUGGAUGUGGUUUAAGUGAAAGAUGAAAUUCUUGCUGUGUGAGGUCUUGCAUUCUCUGUCGGCUUUGACUGACUGCAAUGGUGAGGACGUUGAUUAUCAUAUUCAUUUCUCAGCACUUUUACCUCACUAGUUUUCCUUUUUGGAUCAGAAAUGUUUGAAGAGGGGAAAAAAAUAAAGUUUGAACCCCA